UCUGUUUCAAAUGUCAGAUUGGAAAAUUCGAGGAAAUCAAUACGGAUAGUAGAUUUUCCUCAAGUAUUUGUAGUACUGAAUAUAAAAUUACAUUCUCAAAAAUUGAAAGUUUCGAAUUUAUAGAUUGUUCCUAUGAAACAGUAAUAGCUCUUUACUCGUUAGGAAAAAUAUUCUAAGCCAAGGAAUGUUUUCCAGUGGAUUGAAUGAGCGUCCAUUGGAAUACACUAGAGCUAAAAUAAUGUCUAAGAGUUCACUAGAAGAUAAAGAUGAUACUGCCCAAAGUCCUCCAGAGAAAAAGGAUUUCAGAAAGAGAUCUAGAGAUAGGAGGGAUACUGAUAAGUCAAGAGAUGAUUCAGAUUCAAAUAUGUCCAAUUCCCAAGAUGUAAUUCCUCUCGCUAACAGCACUCUUUGGGGCGGCAUGAUGGGUUUAAAUUAUCCAAUGAUGAACAUGAUAAUGGAUCCUAAUCUCAUAUCAAUGGGCAAUUAUAGUAUGAUGCCAUCUAUAAUGAAUUCAGAUUCUACUAUAGUACAACCUGAUAAUGGAGUGAUAUUGAAUCCUGUCAAAGAGAUAAUUCAUUGUAAAUCAUGUACACUCUUUCCACCAAAUCCUAAUGCCCCUCUUCCAUCUACAAGGGAAAGACCACCAGGAUGUAAAACAGUGUUUGUUGGUGGAUUGCCCGAAAACAUAACAGAAGAAAUUAUAAUGGAAGUAUUCGAUAGAUGUGGAGAAAUAACAACCUUGAGGUUGAGUAAAAAGAAUUUCUGCCAUAUCAGGUUUAUGUUCGAAGGUUGUAUUGAUGCAGCCAUAUAUCUGUCUGGAUACAGAAUAAGGAUAGGGUCAAAUUCGGAUCCUGCAAAUACUGGUAGACUUCAUGUUGAUUAUGCUCAAGCACGAGAUGAUCAGUACGAGUGGGAAUGUAAACAGAGACAAUUGCAGCGUGAACAAAGACACCGAGAACGAAUGGAAGAAGAAAGACUGAGACCCCCAUCUCCCCCACCAGUAGUACAUUAUACAGACCAUGAGGCUGCUGCAGUGGCAGAGAAGAUCAAACAAGAUGAGACAUUUACCAAAGCUGUACAGAUUGUUGUCACUUGGUUAGACAGAGGAGAUUGCAAUAAGAGAAACUCAAAUAACUUCUACUCAAUGAUACAAUCGACAAAUUCUCAUGUAAGAAGAUUACUCAGUGAAAAGUCUCAGUAUGAGGAGGAACUGAAAAAAGCCAAAGAAAUCAUGAAGGGACGAAUGCAAGGAAUAUUAUUACAAUUCAGUCAAAUUGAAAGAUUGUUCGUGGCUGCCUGUCACAAGAAGGUUUGGGACCAUUUCACGAAAGCUCAGAGAAAGAACAUCGAGAUGUGGAAAAAACAGUCAAUGGAAAUUAAAAAUGUGCAAUUGGAUGAGAUACGCAACGAAAAGGCCGAUGAUGAGAUGGAUGUGUCUGACGAAGACGAACCUUUGAAAAAAAAGAUGAGAAGUGAAAAUUCCACAAGCGAAUUGAAUGCAUUGAAAGAUGAAAAUGAAAGCUUGAAAUGCCAAAUGGAAGCGUAUAAGAAUGAGGUUGAAGUGUUAAAAAUUGAUUAUAAAAAGGAAAUCGACGAAAAAGACAAACAAUUCAAAGUAUUACAACAGACGUUGAUAGGCAUGCAGCAACAGCUUAGUGAGACAAAGAAAAAACACAUUGAAGAGGAAUUGAAAACUAAAGAAUUACAAGCCAAAUUGAAAGCAAAGGGAACAAAAUAUCAAAAUAGUUUGAAUAAAGAGAUAAUAGAUUUGGAUUCAGAACCUGAGCAAACUGAAGCGAGUCCAAAUACACCAACUGAAUCGAGCAUAGCAAGUUCUGGCUCUGUGGAAGAAGGUGAUAUCAAACUUAUAAGUGUUAUAUCCACAUUUUUGAAUGUUCAUCCGUUUGGAGCUGGUUUGGACUAUAUCUGGUCUUAUGUCAGUAAGUUUGGGAAUACGACCAGACCAUCAGACAUUGAAUUAUUGAUGAGCCGUUAUCCAAGUGUGUUUCGACAGAAAGUUACAGGAGUUGGCGCCAAUAUUGAAAGAAAAUGGUUUUUCAAUGGAUUUUCGAGUUCUGUUUAAAGUUUAAAUUUCAUCAUUGUUGACUAGUGUGGUAGUUCUUUCAAUUAUAUUUAUUCUGUAAUUAAUUAUGAUAUAUAUGUUUUGGUUGAAAUGUGUUAACUUGAGAGAAUAAAGAGAAUAUCUGACUUAA